UGUUCCACUUGCCUCCCUCCCCGGACGCACGUCCUCUUUCACCUAUCCUGAUUCACAAGCCACUCGAGCUAUGGUCAACAAGUAAUUCCUCUGUCGCCCGCUAGAACGAUCCUAUCCCGUGGAACUCUACCCGCCUACCGUGUUCCUGGACCGUCCACCGCACGCCCUUUUCCAACCGUCGUCCCUCAUUUCUUCGACUUUGUCACACCUGCGUCAACCUGGACCCUUACUUCUCCUCCUAUCGAACCUGGACUUGUCGAUAAGCACUGCAGGCCCCUCAGCUGGACUCGACUCCCCGCCGUGUACCACCUGUUCAUCAUCGACCUCCGGCCCCUACCAAUCAGACACCAACCUGACAUGAACACGAGUGCGCUGUAAACACUGACAUCAGCCGCAAAAGAGCGCUACUAGCGUUCUUAAACAUCAUCCGAUAUGUACCCCGACACACAAACCCAACCGCAAGGUUGGGCGUCGUUGGAGGAGAGGUAUGAGGUGAUGAAGGAGAUUGGCGAUGGUAGCUUCGGCAGCGUCGCUCUUGCCCGCGUACGAACAGCGGGCGCACACAUCGCUCGUCGUGGCACACUUGUCGCCAUCAAGACAAUGAAGAAGACGUUUGACUCGUUUCAAGCAUGCCUAGAGCUCCGGGAGGUCAUCUUCCUGCGGUCACUUCCUCCGCACCCACAUCUCGUUCCGGCAUUGGACAUUUUCCUGGAUCCUUACAGCAGGCGACUUCACAUUGCCAUGGAAUUCAUGGACGGCAAUUUGUACCAGCUGAUGAAAGCGCGUGACCACAAGCCAAUGGACGCGCACAGUGUCAAGAGCAUCCUGUUCCAGAUCCUUUCGGGCUUGGAGCAUAUCCACCAGCGCGAAUUCUUCCAUCGCGACAUCAAGCCCGAGAACAUCCUUGUGUCGACCUCACAACAGAAUGACACGUCGCAUCCAUUCCGGAGGUACUCCGCGCUCAUGACGCCUCCAUCCACUCCUCCGGUAUAUACGAUUAAGAUCGCCGACUUUGGCCUUGCCCGAGAAACGCAUUCAAAGCUGCCUUACACAACCUAUGUCUCGACUCGAUGGUAUCGCGCACCCGAAGUCCUGCUCCGCGCAGGUUCCUACUCGGCACCAGUCGACAUCUGGGCAGUUGGUGCCAUGGCUGUCGAAAUCGCUACUUUGAAGCCUUUGUUCCCUGGCGGCAACGAGGUCGACCAAGUGUGGCGAGUUUGCGAAAUCAUGGGUAGCCCCGGGAGCUGGGUUAACAAGCAUGGCCAACGUGUUGGCGGUGGUGAAUGGAAGGACGGUGUACGACUGGCCCAGAAGCUUGGCUUCUCUUUCCCCAAGAUGGCACCACAUUCGCUCGACACGAUCCUGCAAGCGCCCCAAUGGCCCGCCAGUUUGGCCCAGUUUGUCACGGCGUGUCUAAUGUGGGAUCCACGUGGCAGGCCGACAUCCACCCAGGCCCUGGGUCACGAGUACUUCCAGGACGCUUUCGAUCCUCUCCGGCUCAAGUCCUCUUCCUCGCGCUUGUUGGGACGCAAGCAAUCGGACAUCUCUGCAAAAGAUUCGCCCGAUGCGUCGCCUAGUCUGACAUCCAAGACGUCCUCAUGGCUACGACGAUCACUUGUGGCACGAGAGAGUGCACCGGCCGUACCACAACACACCUCAGCGCAGACAGGAUCGCCGCGGCCAUCACCUGCGAACCCAAGUCCCGCAGAGACACCAGCCAAGCAGCGCCCUAACCCGACCAAGCGAGCUACAUGGACGAACGGCGUUCCUGUUAAUGGAGCGCCUAUCCCAAUACUACCAUCUAUUCGGCCAGUAUCUCCUCUGUCGGCAGAAGUGACUGCUCAAGCAAGCGUACGUGCUGCAGAGGGCGACGAGAAGGCUGCAAAGAAGAUUGGCCGCCAGCUUUCCGUUGCCUCGCAUGGAAAUCACUAUGCAGACAUCCACCGCCAAGAAGCCGAGAGAGCUCUGAACGGCCAAUCUGGCCUUGUAUCGCCUUUGAACGGACAGAAAGAGGGAUUCUUCUCUCAUCUCAGGAAGCGAGCUCGCCGUCUUUCAGGUCGGUAUCAAACCCCAAUGUCACCCAACUCGGAUGAUAUCGAAGCCAAUGCGGGUUGCGCACCCUGGGCAUCUGGUAGCAACCGGCAGUCAGGGAUGAUGAUUGACCCGCCACUUGCCCCAACGCCCAACUCGGAUCUUUCCGAUCUCGACAAGGCCUUGCAAAAUGUAAGGCGUAGCCUUGAAGCCGCACCUCAGCCUACCAACGUGACGAAGGGUGCACGCGUUGCCGCCAACCCGAUGCUCAAGCGGCAUCAUUCAUUGAAUCACGGUCCAGACAACCGUACCGCGCAGCCAGGUGCUCCUCAGCCAGGUGCUCCGAUCUCGAGCAGGACCAGACGCGCUCUCCAGACCAAGUCUAACCCUUCAAACAAUUAUGAAACACCCAAUGAAGAGGAAGAGCUCUUGAGCGAAGUGCUUGCCUCUACCCACAAGGCGGUGAAAAAGCUUGAUCGACACUCCCUAGCUGCCCAGGAACAACAGAGGAAGGCUCAACGACCAGCAUACGUAGAUGGCAACCCGGCCGCCUCAUAUCUUACGCCUUCGCCAUCCGCCAACCGCAACGGCGUAGGGUUCGGGCAAUCACCCUAUAUGACUCCCACCAAGCCACUCGAGAUCUCAAAGACCCGCGGUCCCAAAGACCAAGGGCCUUCAGCGAAGUACGCUACGCCACCCGACGAUCCCAACGACUGGGCAUCAAGCGUGGCAGCCAGUCUUUUGGCCACCCAGUCUAUGUACAGGUGAACGCCAAGUCUCUUUUCUAUCUUGACAUAUCUGGAUCUACAUUCUCUACGCCUUUUUCAGCCCUAUACAUAGUGUAAUUCGGUCUCUGCGGCUUUCAUA